AUGCAGGAUCUGAGAGUGAAAACAGACGGAAACCAGGUUGAGAAACCGAGUGAACAUGGUACAAAUCGAGAUGUCGAGCAGCAACAGUCUAUCGAAUCCACGUGCGAACAAGGUCCCUCAGUCUUCAAGUCUCUCGGUAUUCUUGAUCGGUUUCUAGCCGUCUGGAUCUUUCUCGCCAUGUUGAUUGGCAUUCUCCUUGGAAACUUUGUACCCAAUGCCAGGCCAGCGCUGCAACAGGGUAAGUUUGCUGGCGUCUCUGUGCCGAUAGCCGUUGGUCUGCUGGUGAUGAUGUACCCCAUAUUGUGCAAGGUGCAGUAUGAGAAACUACACACCAUCUUCCGUACGAGAGAGAUUUGGAUCCAACUCGGCUUCAGCAUUAUCCUCAACUGGAUAGUGGCACCGUUAUUUAUGCUUGCCUUAUCGUGGGCGUUCCUACCGGACAAGCAGGGUCUCAGAAACGGCUUGAUUCUUGUUGGAGUCGCAAGGUGCAUCGCCAUGGUGCUGAUUUGGACAAGCCUGGCAAGAGGAGAUGGAAACUACUGCGCGAUUCUCGUGGCAGUCAACUCUUUUCUGCAAAUCGUCCUCUUCGCCCCUGUCGCCCUGCUCUUCAUUCGAGUAAUAGGUCAAGACUACAGUAUCUCAUCUAUCUCUUACUCGACAGUGGCCUCAGCAGUUGGCAUCUUUCUUGGCAUUCCUCUUGGUGCGGCCAUCCUCACGCGGCUGUCACUGGUCUACACCACGGGGGUCGACACCUACAACAGCAAGGUCAUACCUUUUCUGGCCCCUUGGUCACUCAUCGGUCUUCUGUACACCAUCAUCGUCCUCUUCGCCUCUCAGGGCUCCCAAGUCGUCCAUCAAAUCGUCUCCGUGGUGCGAGUGGCGGCGCCGCUGGUGGUCUACUUCUCCGUCAUUUUCUCGGCGACCCUGCUCGUCGCUCGCAGACUGGGAUUCCGCUACGGCCUCGCAUGCACCCAGGCCUUCACGGCGGCCAGCAACAACUUUGAGCUAGCCAUCGCGAUCGCGGUCGCGGCGUACGGGCCAGAGUCGGACGAAGCCCUUGCCACAACUGUCGGGCCGCUCAUCGAAGUGCCGGUGCUUCUUGGACUGGUCUACUUUGUCAAGUGGUUUGCUAAGCGUUACAACUGGGAGGACUGA